GUUCGCUUACAGCUGAUAAGCGACGAAGAAGAGGAAUGGAAAAAGUUGAAAGCUGAUUGGGAAUCGUCGUAAUUUUUUAUUGACUUUAUUUAGCUUAUAUUUCCAUAAACAAUUACUUAUUUUGUGUUUGACGGGAAGUUACGACACGGUGGAUAAUUUUAUCCCAAAACAUCUACUUAGUGACGAAGGAAGCAGCAAAAUGUGCUAGUGUACUUUACGGCAAUAAGAAAACAUUUUGCGUUUUACAGCUGAAGCUACCAGCGGUAAUAGCCACCACCGAAACAGCUGUUGCUUGUAGAUGGCAGAAUUUGAGCAGACUACAAACGCCAUGACGAUUGAGACGAAUACCAAAGAAGUUUUGCCAAAUCAGGUCGAAGCUAUGCCUGCUGAUGGUGCGUCGUCUUGCUCGUCUGUAGGUACCGACGAUUCUAAUGGUAAAACAAGUGAGCAACAGUCAUCCACCGCUAUUGCAACAGCUGUAUCGACAAAUAAGUCGUCACCACUGACGGCUCUUUCAGAGGAAACUAGCUCAACUUACUCCUUGAGUAUAAUUAAUGGUCUAGACCAAUUCAAACCUAUAGUGGCAUUUCCAGACCUCUCGUUCGAAGAAAAAAUUGGUCAUGGCUCGUUUGGAGUAGUUUAUAAAGUGAAAUGGCAAACACGACUUGUGGCAGCAAAAGAGUUUAUGGCAAAUCCCGAUCAAGCAGAAGCCAUUGAAACGGAGGUUCGACAACUGUCUCGCGUGAGCCAUCCCAACAUUAUAGAGCUUUAUGCGAUUACCGCAAAUCAGCAUUCAAUAUACCUCAUUAUGGAAUUUAUGGAAGGCGGAUCCUUACAUACCUUCUUGCAUGGUAAAGUGAAGCCCUAUUAUUCGACAGCACAUGCCAUGAGUUGGGCGCGCCAAUGUGCAGAGGGAGUUACAUAUCUGCACGCAAUGAAGCCAAAGCCUUUAAUACAUCGUGAUUUAAAACCACUAAAUUUGCUACUUACAAAUAAAGGGCGUCAUUUGAAAAUUUGUGAUUUUGGAACCGUUGCUGAUCAGGCUACCAAAAUGACAAAUAACAGGGGUACGGCUGUGUACAUGGCACCGGAGGUAUUCUCAUCAUGCAAGUAUGAUGAGAAAUGUGAUGUUUUUAGUUGGGCCACAGUGUUGUGGGUGGUAUUGAUGCGCCAACAGCCCUUUGCGGACAUUACAAAUGCCUAUUCCAUACAGUGGCAAAUUCACAAAGGUCACCGCCCUCCAAUGAAUCCCAAAAUUCCUCAACCAAUUCAAAACCUAAUGCAGGCGUGUUGGCUCAAAGAACCGGCAGAACGUCCACCCAUGGCUCAAGUGCUAGCUUUUAUGAAAAAAUUAACUGCUGAUUUACCCGGCGCUGAUGAACCACUGGAAUAUGAAUUCAAGCAUCUACAGAUUGUCUGUACGGAUACCACACAUUCUACGGAUAGUUACCAACUCGACUUCAGCAACUUAAAGUCGACUGAAAAUUCAAACACGUCGCUCGAUUUGACGCCAACUAAUUCUGCUAAUCAUACAAAUAACUCUGACUACUCGCUGACGCCUACGAACAGCACCGAGGGUCAGGUCAAUUUUAUCGUUCCAGCAACAACACAGAUACCAACCGCACGAAUAGCAGGGUUAACACGUUGGGGUGCUAUUCCUGAAGAGUCGGAAUCUUCCUUAUAUGAUCAGAAAGAUAAUACUGAUAAAACAGACGCUCAAGGGGAUGCAUUUAACUUGACAUCAUCACCAUCGGCAAUAAAGCGUUAUGAAACGAUACGCAACGGUAUGGCGCAAAAAGUUAAUUUUAAUGUCAACCCAUUAUCGGUUGAUGUAGACCCUCGCGCAUGGGACCUAAUCUAUGCCAGGAGCGAUGGCAAAGAGGGACUCACCGUCACCGAAACCAAGCCGAUGAUACCGAAUAGUUCAAUGGCUGAAAGAGACUUCAAUGCCGCCACACAUUAUGAUGUGGAAGAUAACGAUGACGCAGAUGAUCCAUCGCUCGCUGAGAUGCUAGACCCCGAACUACAGCCUGAACAACCCAUACCCGACAACGAAGAAUCACAAGCCAUUUACAGAGAACAUCGACGUUUGGCUAAAGAAUACUUGCGAGUGGAUACAAAACUCUACUAUGCACAAGACUUUAAGGAGAAAAUUCUUAUAGGAUUAGAUCCAGAAGAGCGUCAAAAGAAACAGGAAAUGCUUAGGAAAAUUCAAGAGAAACAAGAGCUUUUGGAGCUUUACAAUAACUUGAAGCAACAGCGUGAAAACUUACUUGCCGAGCAGACGCGUGCCGUACGACCGAAUAGUGCUGGUGUUGCACAACAACAAAUGGAGUUGCUUGCCGGAAAUGCGAGAACGACGCCAGCGAAUGGUGCUGGCAGUGCGCAACAGCACCAAGAAUUGCUCGCCGAUGAUGGCUGGGUGGUCAUACAACCGAAUCAGAAUGCGUAGUCUUGGGUCAUGACAUAUUUUCAUUAGAAAUUUCUAUUCGUGUCCUUUUAAUUGCAUUUUACUGAUCUUUGGUUAAUGCUGACAUAUUAGGUGAGGUGAAAAGUUCUGAAUGUUUUUCGCUAGAUGUCUUUAGUGAGUCAUAUCUCAGGAUGUAUUUAAAGGUGACAGCAGCGUUUCAAAAUAAAGCCAAAAAGGGAUAAUUCGAUAUAUUGUUAAACUAUAUACCACUAAUUUGAGGAAAGACCGCAGCAGGCAGCCAAAAAUAUUUGUGCUUUGAUAUAUUUUUAUAUUUUUGGAGCUAACACAGCAUGGACUACAACAGCAAAGUGUUGCUUACAGCGGCUCACGCUUCAUCGGAAAUAUUGAUAAAAUCAUGGAAAUCGUUUAGUCGAACCGGCAUGUGAGCACUUGUUCCAUUGCAUAGAAAGUGAGGAUUAGCGAGAGAACUGUUUGGAAUUAUUUGCAUAGGGUUUAUUAUAAUUCCAUAAAUUUCGUUGUCGAUAUAACGCGAAAAAACAUUGAGAAUUUUUUACUUUAUCCAACAUUUCAUUUUCACUGACCAUUUUGCAAAGGAAGGGCUGAAGCCUUUGCGUGAUUACUCUUUGAAAAAUAUCUAUUUAUGAUAAGAAAUUAACCGAUUUGGUAUAGUUUGUAGGGCUUCCGAUUAUUCUUUAUGUCUAAAUGGGAGCAUAUUGUGUAUGUAUAAAUGAAUGUAUUCAUGUUUGUAUGUGGGAGUAUGUUAAGACAAUUGUUCUACUUUUGUUGUAGACAUGCCGUGUAUGAUAGAUUACCUGUAUUUAUGUAAAGUUUAUUAUUAUGGAAUUGUAAAAAAUGCUGCUAUAUGCGCGUCGAUCAUUGUAUGAUAAGUAUGUAAAUAAUUAAAUUAAAAUAAUAUAAAAUAAAUAUAAAUUUCAAUAUCUGUAACAGUGUACUACAAUUUAUAGUACAUAUAAUUGAAAAAAACUUUUACUUGAGCCGCUUUCAAUGCGCUAGCGAAAAAUUUGUAUGGGCAAAGCAGAAAAAAUUUUGCAAACUAGAGAUUCGCUAAGUGACGUUGUGGUUGAAAUACUGCGAAAAUCCUAUUAAGGAACCAAUACAAAGGGGAUAGUAUCUUUGCCUUCCACUACCAAGAAUCUACAAUAUUUUGCCGGUUUUCUUAUAAGUCGGGUUAUGACUGAUCUGAUAUAAACCAUUUUUCCAAACACUAUUUAUUUUG